GAGGGAGGCUCGUGCAGGUUUGACAUGUAACCGCAGCGGUAAACACACACACACACACACACAGCGGGUGCUGUAAUGUCCGCGGACAGGUUUGUUAAAACGCAUUUUGUGAAAGUGAAAGGCUGACCUGGUGACGUUUACACAAAGCAGUUUAGCGCGUCGUUUCAGGUAGUUUUAUGUCACGGGUAAAAAGUUGCUGGUUGUUGGCUAAAGAGCCAUGCUAGCUAGCUGGAAGGCUAAGUUCAGCCCGCCGUCGCUGCUCCUCUCACUGUUCUCUCUCUCUCUCUCUCUCUCUCUCUCUCUCUGUGGGUCUCAGCUCAGGGUCGCAGCUCAGUGAGUGAGUAAGUUGACCUAAUUACAGUUGUGUGGAUUAAACACUAAACCAAACUGGUUUCUUCUAAACGACCUACAUAAUCGCCGUCUCAAGACAAUGACUUCAAAUGCCUGGAGUGAGCAUUGUUAACCUCCAUCUAUCGUCAUCAAGGAUCCCCUGCCACUUUUCCCUCUCACCAUGUUAGAGGGACUUGUUGCCUGGGUACUUAACACAUACCUGGGCAAAUACGUCAGCAACCUUAACACUGACCAGCUCUCUGUUGCUCUUCUUAAAGGAGCAGUAGAGCUCGAGAAUCUUCCUUUAAGGAAAGAUGCACUCAGAGAGUUCGAUCUGCCCUUUGAGGUCAAAGCAGGUUUCAUUGGGAAGAUUGUGCUUCAGAUCCCCUUCUAUCGCCCUCAUAGUGAGCCAUGGGUCAUCUCUAUGUCUCAGCUGAACCUAAUUAUUGGCCCUGCCCGUCCCCAGGAAUACGAUGAGGAGCAAGAAAGGGAAGCAGAGCGGGAGCAGAAGAAACGGUUGCUCAAAGCUUUAGAGGACAAAUGGAAGAGUGAACGUGAGCAGAAGGGUGAAUCGUACUGGUACUCGGUCACUGCAUCUGUUGUCACCAGGAUAGUGGAGAAUAUCGAGCUGAAGAUUCAAGGUGUGCACCUACGGUUUGAAGAUGACUUCUCAAACCCAGAAAAGCCCUUUGCCUUUGGAUUUUGUAUUAAGAAUGUAUCAGCACAGAACUCCUCCAAAGAACCUACUCAGAAGCUCACGCGGCAAAAGCAGCUGGAGAUCGAGGAGUUCAGUGUGUACUGGGACACACAGUGCACCAUGCUCGGGGAUCUUCCUCUGUCUGAAAUACAGGAAACUAUGACCAUGUGCAUGCAGAGCAGGGAGCAUCAGUAUAUAUUUGAGCCAGUGUGCGCGUCUGUACUGUUGAGGAGAAAUGCCUCAAAAGAACCGUUACGAUCCCGCCACACACCGCGCAUUGAGGGCCAGGUGCAGCUAGAGCCCCUCUCACUGCACCUUUCUCAGGUUCAGUAUCAGCAGAUAAUGGCUUUUCUCAAGGAGCUUGACAGACGAGAAAGGGAAAUGCUUUUCCAUAAGUGGAGACCCAAAGUCCCUGUCUCAGAAAACUGCCGGCAGUGGUGGAUGUUUGCCAUCAGCGCUAACCUGGAAGAGAUCAGAGAGAAGCGGAGGCGGAAUAACUGGGACUUUGCACUUCACCGAGCCCAGGAUGCCCAACUCUACAUAAAAUUAUAUGGACAGAGGCUUAAGAGAGUUACUUUGAGUCUACAGGAGGAGAGUGAGCUUGAAAGGAUUGAAGAUGAACAGACCCUGGAGGAGUUACAGAUUCUCAGGGAAAUUGUUCAUGAAUCCUUUCGAAAGUUGGAGGAAAUUGCAGAGUGUUUACGAGAGCCCAUUUCAGAGCCAGCAGCUUCUUCACCUCCUGGUACCAUUCCAAGAAGUGGCAGUUCUGGUAUGAUUCAGUACCUGCAGUCUUGGUUUCCUGGUUGGGGUGGUUGGUAUGGAGGUGCUGAGAGAGGGCCUGAUGGCCAGCCAGUGACAGAUGAGCUCAUGCCAGGAAGUAGCCAGUGGGAUAUCCUGGCUGAAACGGAUGACCUCUUUGACCCGUUGGAAGACUCUCAAACAUUGAAUACUUUUACGCGGAGGGAUCACCUGUUUGCACGGCUGGAUUUCUUGUUAGAGAAAGCAACUGUCACUCUUUUCCAGGAAGACAAGUUGAAUCGUUUAUCCAAUGAGAGUGGUGUUAUUCAGUUGGAGUUUUCAGGAGUGAAGAUUGGUGUCGAGUCUCUACCCCGCUCAGAGUCAUCUUUACUUUCUGUAAAGCUUGGGGGGCUGUUUCUCAGAGACCUCACAACCCAGGGAUCGAUUUUCCCUGUCUUGGUCUCACCAAAACCGAACAAAAUUGCUCUCGCUGUCAAUCAGCCAUUUGGGCAGAGUAGUAGCACAGACAAAAGCAGCAGCGGCUCUGAUGUGGAAUCUUCUGCAUCACCUGUUUUUGAGAUGAUCUACGAGCGUAACCCAAUAAGGAGCAGGUUUGAGAGGAGGCUAGAGGUUAAUACCAGCCCUCUCAAUAUCAUCUACAAUCCCCAAGCUAUCAAGAAAGUGGCUGACUUUUUCUACAAGGGAAGAGUUCAUACAUCAGGGUUUGGAUAUCAGUCAGAGUUAGAGUUGAGGGUGGCUGAUGCAGUAAGGAGACAAUACAACAAGCUCAAAAUACAGACCAAAGCGGAAAUCCGGCAGACCAUAGAUCAGCUGCUAGUUGGAGAGUUCAUAGAGAAUAGUAAGCGAUGGACAAUAAAAUUGGAUAUAUGUGCACCUCAGGUUAUCUUUCCUGAUGAUUUUCAGUCAGAAGACCCCAUGUUGGUGGUUGUUGAUCUUGGUCGUAUACUUCUUACCAAUUCCCAAGAAGAUCCAAAGACAAAGUCCAAAGUCUCUCAGUCAGAAGGAGACGAGUAUAGUGAUGAGGAAUACCAGACUCCACCAGCAACACCUCCUGGGUCUCCCCCUCCUGAACCAGAGACAGAGUAUAAAGGCCAGGAGAAGACCUCUGACCUCUCUAGUCUUAAGUCAAUAGAGGGAGCUCAGUCCUUUGGCAGGAUUCUGUAUGAGAAGUAUUCCUUGUCAUUUAAUGACUUACAAAUCAUGGUUGGUCGCUACAAAGACAACUGGAAACAUCUACAGGAGAAUGAAGUGGGACCAACCCACGUAGUGGAGAAAUUCAAUGUGCUCUUACAGCUGGAGCAGAGGCUGCGUUACACCUCAGACCCUCAGCUUCCUGGUGCAGUUCUCUCCGGUACCUUACCAGACCUCAAAAUACACAUCAACCUGGAGAAGAUGACUGCACUGAAAAGCUGCCUGACUAGACUGGGUAGUCCAAGUGCAGAUGAGGCCAGUACAGGAGAGACCAUCAAGUCACCUGAACCGUUAAUGCUCCGCCAUGAAAAGAUUUUUGAGUGGGAGGACAGUCAAUGGAAGCUCCAGGAGUCUGACAAAAAUCUCACCAAGAGUGUUAUGACUCUUGAACAGCACACACGUGAGGUGCUUGUUGAAUCUAGGCUUCUCCUUGCAGAAUUCAACAUCAACUACAUGCAGCUUGGUGUUGAAAGUGGAGGGCAGUAUAUAUCUGUCCUCAAGGUGUUUGGAACAAAUGCUCAUUUUGUGAAACGGCCUUAUGAUGCUGAGGUUUCCCUCACAGUCCAUGGACUUCUCCUAGUGGACACGCUGCAGACGUAUGGGUCCGAUUUUGAUCUGCUUGUGGCAUCCCAUAAGCACCUCAGCUUUGAUGUGCCUACUGGCAGUCUAAGAGAGAGCCAGCCUGCAUCACCAGUAUCACAAGAUGGGAAGUCUCCUGAGACUUCAGACUUGGGUGUGCCUUUUGAGAAGAUAUCUCCACUUAGCUCCUUUCUUAGAGACGAGGAGGCUCUCAUUAAACUGGAGUACCAGUUUGUCAGCUCAGACUGUCCGUCAAUGAAUUUGGAACGUUCCCUACAGGUUACCACCAUACAGGUUAACAAUUUGGAUAUUAUUCUCAACCCUGAAACCAUUGUAAAGCUGCUCAGAUUCCUUCAGCAAUCCUUUCCUAAAGAAGAAAGCACAGUGACUCCUUCAACACAGAUACCAUCACUGCCCAAGGAACAGGACCAAGAGGAAAUUUAUCAGUCGACUUAUGAUCAGGAUAAGGAGUUAACUGUCGAGAUCCAUAGGUUAAAUCUGCUGCUUUUGCGAACAGUUUCAACCGGAAUGGCCUUAGGCGGGGAAAAGCGGGGCAUGAAAAUUGCCACAGCCAGUAUAAAUGGAACAAAAGUCAACAUAUCCAUGGGAAGGCGACUUGAUGUCAACGGCUCACUAGGAUGUAUUCAGCUUGUAGAUUUGACUCAAGAAAGUGGAAGAAGUCAAUUUGUGGUCAGUCUUGGAAAUAUAGACGAUAGUACCUCUGUAGAUGGUGCUGUAUUUCCUUGUUCUGCACUAAUGCCGACUUCUGAAGCUUUAGAUUUCCACUUUUUGGAAAAGUCUCAAGGAGAGUGCUCUCUAGCGCUUCAUAUGGCAUCCCUGCACUACAAUCACUCAGCUAAGUUCUUGAAAGAGCUCAGUCUUUCUGCUAAUGAGGUAGAAGACAACUUUCGCUACAUGCUAAAGACUGCCGCCACGAAAGUUACAAAUGUCUUGGCUACCAAAACAGCAGAAUACAGUGAGAUGGUGUCUCUGUUUGAGACCCCACCCAGGAGAGCCAGAUCUCAGAGUCAGUCCAAUUGGCCAAUGGAAGCCUUUGAAGACAAUGAUGAUCCCACUGAUCUUGAGACAAAACCAAGCGUGGACUCCUUUCUAGUCAAGCUUAUUCUAAACGUCAGUAUAGAAUCGCCCGUUGUGUCCAUUCCUCGGAAGCCUGGUCACCCAGAGCUGCUUGUUGGUCAUCUUGGUAGCAUUGCAAUUCAGAACUUUGUUGCAGGGCAAGACUCCGAGCAGGACAAAUUGCAAGUUGAGGUUAAGGACAUAAGGCUGUAUUCUGUCAACACGAAUCACCUAGUCCUGAGGAAAGGGCCCAGCUCCAGUCAGUCUCCGUCUCAUAAGACUGUGCUCAGCCUAGAUGAGGCACAAUUUACUCGCCAUGAUUUCUUUGAAUAUCUAAGUCAUGGAAAAGCCUUUCACAUUCUUAAAGACACCACCAUCCAGUUCACACUUGAGAAGGUUCCUGCUGUUGAAGGCACACAGUUUCAGUCAUUUGACGAACCGUACCACAGUACAGGAUUACUUAAAGUUGAGGGCAAAUUUGUAAACGCUGUUCAGGUUUUUCUUUGUAAAUCUGUCUAUGAGCAGCUCCUCCAGACUCUGGAUAAUCUAUCUUUAAUCGAGGAUGAAAAAAUAAUUGCUCAUCAGCCUCCUACUCCGCCACCCCCUACACCCUCCUCUUCCAAGCCACAUCGCUUCCCUGAUCCACAGGGUGGUUUGUUCCCCCGAGAUCCUGCUCUUGCCUUGUCCUACUCUUCAAUACCAUCCUCCCUUUCGACCUCUCUUCCUCUCCAGAACCAUGGCUCUUCUGUCAAGCCUCCCUCUUUCACCCAGGUCAGAGCCACUUUCAAGGUGUCUGAGCUCCAGGUGCAGCUGUGUGCAGAUCUUAGCCAAGGAUCGCAGGACCUGGUUAGUUUGCGUUUCCAGGACCUGGAAGGCGAUUUCAGUAAAGACCAUCCUCACACUCUGUCAAUCCAACUGACUCUUCACUCUCUGCUAAUGGAAGACCUUUUGGAGCAAAAUCCUGAAUCAAAGCACAAGCACCUCAUGGUUUCCAGAGGUGCCCCCAAACCUUCAACCUUCAACCCGAAAGAAUACCUUUCCCAGUCCUGCCCAUCGGCAUCUAGUGCUUUGUAUCCAGAAAUGCCACGCUCACUGCCAGCUCAAAUGGAAGAAGCACAGAACGUCUUCCAGUUUUACCAAAGACACCCCAGUACUCCUGCAUCCAGCCGGAAAUGUAAGAAGGACGCAGAAUGCCCCAGCACCCCUCCCCCAUCGCCUUCUCGAAAUACGCCGUCCCCUCGCCCUCUGCCAGACUUGGAUGACACUUUGGUCCACAUCAAUGUGCUUCUGGUAGACAGAAGGCAUCCUGAGUUUCAGACGCGCUAUGGCAGCAUCAGUCGUAGUGUAGAUGUGGACUUUAACUGUCUAGAUGUCCUCAUAACACUGCAGACCUGGGUAGUCAUUCUGGACUUUUUCGGCAUUGGUUCUACCGCUAACAACCAUGCUGUGAAAGGGCCCAGUACUUCUUCUCAAUCUGGACAACCUCUGUCCGACACUGCUGCUGCUGAUUUAGCAGAUAUGUUUCCCGAGAUUAACGAAGACGAAUCGGAGAAGGUCAACACUAAGCUGGACCUAAAGGUUCAUUCUUUGUCUCUAGUGUUGAAUAAAAAGACCAAUGAGCUUGCUAAGGCUAGUGUGUCCAAAUUGUUUACACACUUAGAAAUGAUUGAAGGAGACCUUGCCUUGCAAGGAAGUCUGGGUAGCCUGUCACUAAGUGACCUGACCCCACAUGGAGCUCUGUACACCGAGCGCUUCACAACACGGGGUGGAGAGGCACUCAUUUUCAACAUACUCAAGUAUGGAGAACCUGACCCCUUCUUGGUACGGGAGUGUGACAUGAAGGUGUCUCUGCAGAUGGCUUCAGUGCAGUAUGUACACACACAGCGUUUCCAGUCUGAGGUGGUGGCUUUCAUCCAGCACUUCACCCAAUUACAGGACGUUCUAGGCAGGCAGAGAGCCGCUGUAGAGGGUCAGGUGGUGCGUGAGCGUCCACAGCGAGCCUCACGUGUGCUCUUGGACAUUGAGGCAGGGGCUCCUGUCCUCCUGAUCCCAGAAAGCUCCCACUCAAAGCGCCUCAUAGUGGCCAACUUGGGCCAGCUCAAAGUACGCAACAGCUUCCUGCCUGCAGGCACCCGUGGCACUUUUUCUCUCAAAGACAAGGUAGAGAAACUUACCAUGGCACAUACCUUUUUCCCAUCUUUGCGCUUGUCUUUCCCAAAGGAUCGUGUGAAGAAUGCUCAGCCUGUUUCUGGGAAAGUGAGUGAGGAGACGUCAGCAGACAGAGUCAAAGCGUCCAGCACUACUGCUUCUGGUUUUACCUUAGGCAGGCCUCAGCAGUCCAUGGGACACAGCUGUGAUGCAGAUACACUUCCAAGUCCAGAAGAUCAUGUGUGCCUACUGGACUGCAUUGCUGUGGAUCUGCAGGAGAUGGAUUUAUUUGCUGCAGAGCGGCUGCCCUGCGAACCGUGGGACAGUGGAGUGAAGCGCCUGGACACAGAUCUGGUUUUCCCCUCCUAUUCAGUCCACAGGACUGGAGGCAGCCUGCUGAAGGAGCGCUGCCACCUUAAACUUAAAGUGGAACGCAACCUGGACAAGGAGUUGAGCCAUGCAGUCCCAGACAUGUCCAUCCAUGGCAGCCUGUCUUCUGUACACUGUUCCUUGGAUCUGGAGAGGUACCAGCUGAUCCGUGGCCUGCUCGAGCACAACUUGGGAGAGCCUGUGGAGGAGUUCCUCAGACCCUACAACCUCCAGGACCCCAGCACCUAUACGGUGCUGAGUGGUGAUGUAUAUACAGGCCUGUCUUUCUUAGUUGACAUGAUGAAUGUCAGUUUGGAGUUGCUGGAUGGUCCCAAAUCCUCUGGACAUAAGCAGUCUUUGGCCAGGUUCGACUUUAUGAAAUCCAAGUUGCUGUUUGAGAGUUUCUCUGACGGAUCCAAGUCUGUGAACCUGGUCUCUCAUUCGCUCUUGGCCUACGACACGCGUUAUAGUGAGUCCAACAAGGCCACAGAGGGAAAACGCAAUGCAUUCGCCUGCAUUCUGCAGCCCUCUCGAACAGGCACCAAUCGAGCUUCCCUGCAACUGGAGCUACAUUACAGAUCUACCAGGGAUUCCUCAUGCUUCACUGUGGUGCUGAACAACCUGCGAGUGUUCCUGAUUUUUGACUGGCUUCAGCUAGUCAGGGAUUUUCUGCGUAUGCCCACGGAGAAGGGGGCAGCACCUACGCGCCAUCGCUGGCCAAGCAGCGGCAGUGACCCAGGCACAACGGGCGCGGUCAUGCCCAAAACUGUCAAGAGCGGAGUAGUUACAAAACGCUCCACUGUUCCUGUUGCCCAGGACAAAUAUCUGGAGGUUAAACUCAAUGCCACAGGGACUGAAUUUGUGGUUGUGGAAGACUCGUCAUGUUCAGAUACCAACGCCAUCAUUCUGAAGGGUACUACUGUCCUUACCUAUAAGCCUCGUCUGCUAGACAGACCUUUCUCUGGUAGCUUGGCUGGAAUUGAGGUGUAUUCCUGCCGGCUGGGCAGUGAGCAGGACACGGCGCUGUCUAUUAUUGAUCCCGUCAACGUGCAGGUUGAACUGUGUGGCAGUCCCACCUAUCAGAGCAGCUCAGGCCUGCUGGAUGCCUUCAACAUGGAAGAUUUUCCUCCACUGCUAGAGAUCCAGUUUCCUGCUCUGGAUAUCCGGCUGUCCUACAAUGAUGUGCAGCUCUUUCUGGCUAUUGCUAAGUCCAUCCCCACUGGCUCUCCAAGUGUUGCUGAGCCUGCCUUUGCCUCCCAGGCAGUCCAGCCCACUGCAAGCCCAGAGACUACCACCAAACCUAAAGACAGUUUCAGGCAUCGGACCGAAGCACUACUGGAAAGUCAGUUAACACGUCUUCAGGAUCUGGGAUUCAGGAGGGAAGAUUGCAGACGAGCUCUCAUUCAUUGCAAAGGUCAGUUGGAUCAGGCUGCCACAUGGCUGCUAGAAAACGCAGAGAGCACUUCUGGCAGGAGCAGAGCCGACUCUAAUUCAGGCUCCCACUCAGCUCACCCUUUGUCUGGCGUGGAGGUCAAGGCCGAGAGUGUGUGCAUCUGCUUCAUUGAUGAUUGCUUGGACUGUGAUGUCCCCUUGGCUGAACUCACCUUCUCACGGCUAUCUGUGCUGCAGAGGAUUGGAUCUAUACAGGAAGGAAAAGCUAGUUUCACUCUGUCUGGAGAUUACUACAACAGGGAGCUCUCAGGCUGGGAGCCAUUUAUCGAGCCCUGGCCCUGUGUCCUGAAUUGGCAGCAGCAAGCGGCAGGCCGGCUCCAUCCUUCUCGCCUGAAACUGGGAGUACAAGCCAAGCAGAGACUAGACAUGAACAUCACCUCCGUCUUACUCGACCAGUACAGCACCACCAAGACUUCAUGGUUAGCAGACUACUGUAAGGAAGACGAGCAGUCGCCACAGUCCUCUGCCUCCGUGUCUUGGAUGGGCUCCUCUGUGGACCCCCCCACUUUUGGCCAGACGGAUAUGAAGUUGUCUAAAAGAAGGCAGCCUUUCAUUCCUUAUGCCCUGCGCAAUCAUACUGGCUGCACUAUGUGGUUUGCCACCCUCACUACCACCCCAACCAGGGUGGCACUGUCUCAUAGCAGUAGCGCUGACUCUAUAUCAGACAUGCAUGGGCCUGGGACGGAGGACACACACAACAUCAGUCAGUGGAGAGAGGUGCAGCCAGGGGAGGAGAUUCCUUUUGAGUUUGAGGCCCGAGAGAAACUUAGACACAGACAUACCCAUGAGCUAAAGCUACACCAGCUCCUGGUACGUGUUGGAGGAUGGGAGCAGGUAAAGCCCGUCUCAGUUGAUAAGGUCGGCGUGUUUUUCCGCUACGCUGCUGCUGAUCACAACAACCCCUCCAACACGGUUGGUAGUCCAAUCAGCAGAACCAACAUCAUACAUCCCCAUGUAUAUUUUUCAGCCUUGCCCCCUGUCAGAGUGGUGUUCUCCAUCACUAUGGAGGGUAGUGCACGCAAGGUAAUCACUGUACAGUCAGCUCUCAUGGUGAAAAAUCGCUUAGAAGUGCCCAUGGAAGUACGGCUAGACAGCCCUUCUGCUCCAGACAAGCCUGUUGUGCUUCCACCUGUCCUGCCUGGAGAAGCCUUGGCUAUCCCUCUCCACUUGACCUCAUGGAGACUGCAGGCUCGGCCUAAAGGCUUGGGGCUGUUUUUCUGUAAGGUUCCCAUCCACUGGACCAGUGUGGAGCGUCCUGGGGAGGUCAGCAGCAGCAAGAGGGAGUGCCAGUCAGCUGACUUUGAUGACCAAAGCAAACGUAGCUUCAGGUUUUGCGUGGUUAUCAAGAAGGAGAACUAUCCUGAUCAACAGCCAGCUAAAGUGGUCACUGGUAGUGCGAAGCAGAUUUACAGGCAGCCAGGUCACACCAUCUACCUGUUACCCACCUUAGUGCUGACUAACCUGCUGCCCUGUGACCUCAACUACUACAUCAAAGGGACCUCAAUCAAGGGAACCAUGAAGCCAGGCAAAGAGGCAGUGCUCCACGCUGCAGAUACCUCACAGAACAUAGAGUUGGGUGUUCUUCUGGAGAACUUCCCAGUGUGUAAGGAGUUGUUGAUUCCUUCUGGCACUCAGAACUAUGUGGUGCGCAUGCGUCUGUAUGACACCUGCAAGCGGCUGCUGGGUCUCACCAUCCGCAUCAUUCUUCGGGCAGAGGGGGCGCUCAAGAUCCUCAUCUCUGCCCCUUAUUGGCUCCUAAACAAAACGGGGCUGCCUCUGAUCUUCCGCCAGGACAACAGCAAAACAGAUGCUGCUGGGCAGUUUGAGGAGCACGAGUUAGCCAGGAGCCUGAGUCCACUCCUUUUCUACUACACAGACAAAGAACAGCCUUUCAUGUGCACUAUGCGUGUUGGUAAAGGGAUCCACCCAGAUGGUGUUCCAGGCUGGUGUCAGGGUUUCUCGCUGGAUCGUGGAAGUGGAGUCCGAGCAGUUAAAAUAAUCCAACCCGGGAACAGACCAGGGCUCAUCUACAAUAUAGGAAUUAAUGUCAGAAAAGGCAGAGGACGCUAUCAGGACACCCACAUUGUGACUUUUGCACCUCGCUAUCUGCUUGAUAAUCAGUCUUCACACAAGCUGGCUUUCUCCCAAAGGGAGUUUGCUAGAGGAAAGGGUACAGCGAAUCCCGAGGGCUAUAUCUCCACUCUGCCAGGCUCUAGCGUGGUGUUCCACUGGCCCAGAAACGACUAUGACCAGCUCCUUUGUGUCAGACUUAUGGACGUACCUAACUGUACCUGGUCUGGAGGGUUUGAAGUCAACAAACCCAAAUCAUUCCAUAUCAACAUGAGGGACACACUGGGUAAUUGUUACUUUCUCCUUGCUGAAAUCGCCUUGAAAGGAGCAACCUAUCAGAUUUCAUUUAGCGACACAGACCAGUUGCCUCCACCUUUUCGCAUAGACAACAUGUCAGAGGUGCCAAUCCAGUUCUGGCAGUACGAAGUGCCAGAUAUCAGGCUGCACACUGAAGUGAAAGCUGGAGCGGUACUGGACUACGCCUGUGACGAGCCCAUUCUUCCUCCUUAUCUUACACUGACUGUAAAAGGAGCCGGGUCCUCUGAGGUCACUGCUGACAUGAACUGCUUUAGAGAGUACAACAAACUCUACUACGAGAACUUCAUCUACAUCGCUGCAAGUUUCACGUUCUCUCAGGAUGCGAGUAAAAGGCCAGGAGCAAUGAUGCGUGAUCCCAGCUGUGCUGAACUAGUGCUCGAUGUCGAGACAAAGACACAGAGAGUCGUACUAAAGAAAAAGGAACCCGGAAAACGCUCUCAGCUGUGGAGGAUGACCGGAAAAGGAAUGCUUUGUCAUGAGGGUUCUUCUCCCCCUCAGAGUAAACCUGCACAACCCCGACCUCUUGAAUACUCCAUGGUGCUGGACAUCGCUGGGCUUGCUGCAGUCACAGACAACAGCUACGAGCCAUUGAUGCUGAAGCGGCCAGACCCUCGCAGAAGUACUACCCAGACAUGGCAUUUCUGCUCUGGCUUGCUGACGUGUGGCUUACCCAGACUAGUGGUGCAGGUGAAGGGAGGAGUGUCAGGACUGUACGAUGGUGCAGAGGUGGUGCUCGGGCCGGACUCAGGACUGCUUGAAAAGGCCCCAGAACAGCAGUUUAUUAAUCAGAAGAUGAGGCCUGGCUCCGGGGUGCUGUCUGUGCAGGUCCUCCCUGACGGACCCACUCGUGUACUACAGAUCAGUGACUUCAAUCAGCGGCGAAUAAACAGAACUUGCCCUAGCACAGAGGAGAACCAGAAUAAGGAGAGCAUGCAGAAAAAGGAUACAGAGAAGGAACUUGAGGUGUUGGUAAACUUGGAGGAUGGAGUAGGUCUGUCUCUGGUAAACAAGGUGCCUGAGGAGCUGGUGUUUGCCACACUGUCUGGCAUCAAUCUGCACUUUACACACACUGCUGCCAACCAGGUCCUGGAGCUCAGUGUGAAGGAAAUCCAGGUGGAUAACCAGCUCCUGGGCAGCACACAGCCAGUGAUGCUGUGUGUAACUCCCAACUCCAGUGAGAGCACCAUGAUGGAUUCUGGACCUGCUCUGCAAGUCAAUGCUGUCAAAGUGCCCAGCAGUCUCAUGCUUACAGAGCUAUUCAAGCAUCUUAUGGUCACUACUCGGCGCUUCACUGUCAUCAUAGAAGAGAAACUCUUGCUCAAACUGCUGGCAUUCUUUGGCUAUGGGAAAACAGAAGGAGAGGUCGAGAAGUUGGAUGAGAACCUGUAUGAGAAAGCCAGUGAGGAAGCAGGACCUCGAAAACGCUAUUAUUUUGAGAACCUGAAGAUCAGUCUCCCCCAGGUUAAAUUAAGUGUCUUCACUUCACAGAAGCUGCCUCCAGACCUGAAGACUCUGAAGGGAACUCUGGGAAUCCUACUCAUCAGAUUUGAGGAUGCAGUCAUUAAUAUGUAUCCCUUCACUCGAGUCCACCCGUACGAAACCCAGGAAAUUAUCAUCAAUGACAUACUCAGGCAUUUCAGAGAAGAGCUGAUUAGUCAGGCUGCUCAGAUACUCGGCUCAGUGGACUUCUUGGGCAAUCCCAUGGGCUUGCUAAAUGAUGUCACAGAGGGCGUUUCCGAACUCAUCAAGUAUGGAAAUGUAGGAGGCCUGAUCCGGAAUGUAACACAUGGGGUCUCCAACUCCGCAGCUAAGUUUGCUGGUACCCUUUCAGAUGGACUUGGGAAGACCAUGGACCACCGGCACCAGAGCGAACGAGAGUACAUCCGUUACCAUGGAGCAACCAGCGGGGAGCAUUUAGUGGCAGGCAUUCACGGGCUUGCACAUGGUAUUAUCGGCGGCUUGACCAGUGUGAUCACGUCCACCGUGGAAGGUGUGAAGACGGAGGGUGGCGUGGCCGGCUUUUUCUCAGGUCUAGGCAAAGGCAUUGUUGGGACGGUGACCAAGCCAGUGGCAGGGGCAUUGGAUUUUGCCUCAGAGACAGCACAGACUGUUCGAGACAUGGCCAGUCUGAGCAACCACAGGCUGAGUGUACACCGGAUGAGGAAACCCCGUUGCUGUAAGGGCCCUCAGGGUCUACUGCCUCGCUUCUCUGCCACACAGGCCGACGGACAGGAGCAACUCUUUCACCUCACAGACAACAUCCACUCUGAAUAUUUCAUUGCCGUGGAGCCCAUCGACACUUACUGUGUGCUCAUCUCCUCUAAAGUCGUGUACUUCCUUAAGCCUGGGGAAUAUGUGGAUCGGGAAGCCAUUUUUCUGGAGGUAAAAUAUGAUGAUCUUUACCACUGCCUGGUCUCGAAGGAUCAUGGGAAAGUCUACGUUCAGCUCACAAAGAAAGCUGAAAACACAAGUAGCGGGGUAGCCAUUCCAGGUCCAUCACAUCAGAAGCCCAAGGUUCACGUAUGGAAUGAGAGCCUGGCAGUGAAGAUCUCGCAAGAAGUCAACUAUGCCAAGAGCCUUUACUAUGAGCAGCAGCUCAUGUUACCCCCCAGUGAGAACGAGGAUAGUUUACUGUUGGACUCCUGACGAAAUAAACUCGUGUUUGGUAGAUGCCGGUUUAUUUUUCUUGCACUGUUUUUAAGGUAUACCUGACGAUCGAUUAAGGCUGACAUGCUCUCACUGAAGGAUUUGUUUCAUGAUGCUACUGUAAUCGUCUCCAUUAAGCACAUUUAACUGGCAAUUAUGCAAGAUUUUACUUCCAAGAAGAUUAUUUUGUUUUAUAGAUGUUUAUAUAGUUUGAGUUGUUUACUGUUGCUAAAAUUGUGCAUAAAACUAAUCUUGUACGUUUGUUUAUAGGACAGUUAUGUAUGCCAGUACGACACUAUUGUCAUGUACAUAUUGUGGAGAAAUUUGAGGGACAAUUUUAAUGUACAAAACUGCCUUUAAAAUAGUUUUCUAUAUAAGUGAGAGAAUGUGGCUGAGGAAAUUGCACUGAUGUAGAUGUAAGAAACUGCUGCUGUCCUCAUUGCUUACUGUAGCGCAAGUACAGUACCACACACACACACACACACCACACACUUAACCGCUACAGGGAAGUGUAAAUAACGUCUGACUGCGCACUUACCACUCGUCACACAGAAGAGCCCUGAAUCCUCUAGAAUUUUAUUUAUUCGUGUCUCUUUUCUUUCUAUAAGCUCUUGUCCAUUUGGAAAAAGUUUUGUAAAUCUUCUGGAAUAAUAUAUAUUCCUACUAAUUGAAACACACAGUGCACCAAAGUCUGUCGCACAGAAUGUUGUGAGAGUUAAUAAUCAUUAAAUCACUACACUAAUCACCUAAUAUUUUGGCAUUUGGCCUGGACGUGAGUAGAUUUAUUGCUUUUGUUGUAAAUAAACUAUUGCUAAUCUGCAGAGAUUGCAAGUGCAAGAUUG